AUUAGACAAGUCAACUGAUUAAAAGUAGGGCAGAGGGGGAAAAUUCAGGUUUCCCAAUUCGUAUAUAUCCCCCAUUUUGUUGCCUGGAUUUGCUAAAUAGCUCAAUUCUUCAGCCAGGAGGUAGAGCUAAUGAGUGGAAUCAGUUGGCUGAGGUCAUGGGUGGAAGACAGACAUAGCAGGACUUUAACUUUCCGGCUCCUGGAUUUUCCACCUCUGGUGGGGAGGCGCACAGAUUGUACAUGAGCUUUAAAUACAUUAUAUACCUGAAAUACAUUUAACUUUCAAACUUUCAAAAAAAGCAGAACCUACCAUGAAAUGCAGGAACACAUAUAGCCCUCCAUCUCCACCCCUGUGCUAGGCCAAUGUCACCUCUUUAAUUCGACUGCCGGAAACCACCACGCAAACAAGUCUGGGUAGGGUAGUGGAUCAAUAUUUCUGUCAACGAUCCCUUACGUAGGUUACAAAUGACUCACAGGGACAUCGUAAAGUUUUGUCAACAGGAACACCGGGUGCGCGCCCGGCUCAGCCCACCGGUAUGAAGAUUAUUUAUAGAUUUAUGCUCGUGACAAACAGGAUAGGGCCCUGUGAGCGGUUAAUGCUUCUGGCACAUUCCGUGUGUUCGGGGAGGAAGAGGAAGUAGAGGAGAGGAAGGCCGCCGUGGAGUGGAGCGGUUUCACACCUCCCGGUGUGAUUUACCGUGGCGGGAUAUCGAGCAAACCGACGGCGGACUCACACAGCUGCGGUGCAGAUGAGCCGGGUUGUUUUACUGCCGAGACGUCCUGAAGCGCGUGGGCUGCGAGCCGUCUGAGCCAUGCUGAAGGGAGGGGCCGCCAAGGGGGGCCUCCCCAAACCGGGCCUCCAGGAGAGGGCCAGGCUGCCGCCCGCCACCUCCGCCACGGGCAUGAAGACCUCCAGGUCCUCCAACACGCUGUCCACGGACCUCCGGCUCAGCAGGCUGAAGAGGGCGAGCAGUGACGAUGCCCUGGCCAAGCCAGGUCUGGGAGCAGCAUCGGCAGGGUCACGCCUGAAGAAGACCGUCACCACAGGGGCCAUCUCUGAACUAACAGACACCCGGCCCCGCAGCCUGAGCGGGGUCCCAUCAGCCAAGAAGUCUGGCAUCCCGGCCCCCAAGGAAAUGGCCCCCACCAUAACCAGAGACAGGAUCUCCCUGCGGGAUCAGCUGCGCACGUCGGGCCCCAAAAAAAUGCUCCCCAGCGCCAGCGCCUCCACCCUCUCGGCGCUGUCCAAGCACCCCCGCGCCUCCCAGAAACCCGGCGAGGCCGGCGACAAGGCCCUCCUGGAGUGCCAGGUGAAGGAGCUGCUGGCCGAGGCCAAGGCCAAGGAGUUUGAGAUCAGCAAGCUGCGCACGGAGCUGCAGCGCUCCAGGGGCCGAGCCGCGCCCGAGGGAGGGUCCCCCGACGGGCCCGAGGCCACCCCGGGGCUGCUGGAGGCCCAGCCGGCCGAGGUGCGGGCGCUGGUGGGCGCCCUUCGGGAGAAAAACGGGCGGUUUCAGCGGGAGCUGGCGGCCCUCCGCGAGGAGAACCAGGCCCUGAAGGAGAAGCUCCUCUCCCUGGAGCCCUCGCCUGCCUCCAGCGGCUCCUCCCCGGCCUCCCUGGCCAGCCCCGCCAAGCCCUCGCUCAACGGGAUGCUCCCCGACCCCAACGACCCCCCCACUGCCAACGGCGAGGGCCCCCUCAAGACCUCCACCUCGUCCAGCAGCGACAUCACCAAGGGCUCGCCUUCGCCCGACUCUUCAGAGUUUGAGAAGAUCCCGUCCAGGUCAGACUCGGCGAGCAGUGCAGGCCUGGUCGUCGGGGGCGACGGGCGGCGCUCCCUGGGCACCCGCGACCUGUCGGUGGAGUGCCUGACGGAGCAGAUCCAGAAGAUGGAGGAGAGCCACCACAGCACGGCCGAGGAGCUCCAGGCCACCCUGCAGGAGCUGUCCGACCAGCAGCAGGUGGUGCAGGAGCUGACGGCGGAGAACGAGCGUCUGGCCGAGGAGAAGGGCCUCCUGCAGACCUCUCUCCAGCAGCAGAGGGAGCGCGUGGAGGCGCUGGCCCAGAAGAACGAGGCCCUGCUGGGCCGGCUGCAGGAGCAGGCCAAGAGCCAGGAGGCGGAGGCCCGCUCCGCCCGAGUCGCCGAGCUGGAGCAGCGGUACGCCGAGCUGGUGGAGAGCUCCCGCUUCGAGCGGGAGAAGCUGGUGGACAUCCAGCAGCAGCUCUCAGGCAGCCUGCGGGCCCUGGAGAAGGAGCACCAGGAGGCGCAGGGCCAGGUCCGGACCCUGAGGGAGGAGAAGGAGCUCCUCCAGAGCCGGCUGGAGAAGGACCGGGAGGCGAGCGGGGAGGCCGGCCGGGCCCUGGAGGCGCUGCGGGGGGAGAACGGGAGGCUCCGGGUGCAGGCGGAGGCGGAGAGGCAGAAGGCCCAGGAGCUGAAGGCCGCCCAGGGGCCCGGCGGCGGCGCGGAGAUGCAGGGUCUGCUGGAGGCCGCGCACGGGGAGAAGGAGCAGCUGGAGCUGGGCUGCGGGGAGCUGAGGCAGGAGCUGGCGCGGGCCGUCGCCGAGACUGAGCGCGUGCAGAGCCUGCUCGCCAAGGCGGAGGCAGAGUGCCAGCGGUUGCAGCAGCACAGCGAGCAGCAGGAGCAGGCCCGCAGCAGCAGUGUGCACAGCCUGGAGGAGCGGCUCCAGGAGCAGGAGACGCAGGUCAAAGACCUGAAGGACACCAUCUUUGAGCUGGAGGACCAGGUGGAGCAGCACACCGCCGUCAGACUCCACACCAACCAGACCAUCCUGGACCUGGAGAAUAAAAUAAAGAAGUUGGAGGAUCAGAAAUUUGAACUUGAGAAGCAACUGAAAGCUCUGAGCAAGCAGAUAAAGGACGAGACAGAGGAGUGGCAGCGCUUCCAGGCGGACCUGCAGACGGCCGUGGUAGUGGCGAACGACAUCAAGGUGGAGGCGCAGCAGGAGCUGCGGGGGCUGCGGAGGAGGCUGCAGGAGGAGCAGGAGCACAGCGCCAAGCUGGCCGGGGAGCUGGAGCAGCUGCAGGGGAGCAGAUCCAGCACUGGUUCAGGUUAAAUGUGCUGCAAAGCCCUAUCAGGACAUAUCAGAAAACAGUAUUACCGCUCAAGUAUGACUUUACCAGUAUUAUAUUAUGAAAGGAAGAGUUGUUGAAUGAAAAUGUGUACUUCAAGAGUAAUACUUGUCACUGAAGGUAAAUACCUGGAGAACCAGGCUAAAUGGUGACCGAUGGAUGGGCCCAAGACCCUUGGCAUCAAUCAAUAUUUACACCAAAUAUGUUUGAGGGAUUGAUAUUAUCACAUUUGUGCUGGAACUUUCCAGAAUUAAGGCCAGUGGAGAGCUGGUUUUGGGAAAAUAAAAAACAUCAAGGAACUUGAAGGAAAAGCUGAAAUGUUAUUAGAUUUUUUUUUCUUUUAUAUGAUCGAUGAGUUUCUGUUCCUAUGUUUUAAAGCUUCAUUGCCUCUUUAUGUGUGUAAUAACUGCCAUAAUCCAUCUAUGACCAGGUCUACAGAUGCAUUUUUCACACUGGUAGAAUCUGUGCUAAAAUUAAUGCUGUCUUGUUAAUAUUUGCAUCUUACUUAUAUUCCUUUUUAACAUCGGCACAUUUUGUGCUCUUUGUUCGCAUCUAACUGUUCUGAAAAUGUUUGGUGAUGUUUACAUUAGCAGAUUAAAGCCAACGAUCUCAUUGUUCUCUUUUGAAAGGAGCCUUCUCAGUAUCUGCUUACCUGAAGUUACUGAAGGUCCCAGUCAUGAGAAAGUGAACAAAAUUUGUACACUGCAGAAAUGGAAAUUAAUUUUCAUUGUUCACCUUCUUGUUUUUUCUCUUUCAUUUCUUCAAAUGGGGCUGCCUGUUUUUCUAUUUGACUGCUUGUGUCUGCUGUUGAACAAGGCUCGUGCCACUAGGUGUCGCAGUUUGAGAGAAAGUCAACAGAAACGGGCACAGGCUGGGGGUGUAAUGCAUAAUGACUUGGGGGAAGCAGAUAGCUCUUACAGUACAAGAACUAGCACUUUCUUCAUAGUGUAUAAAAAGUCAAAUUAACUGAGACGAGGAGGCAAUCUAUGAAGGUUAAAAAUUUAUCAAAGAUAAAUCUUCUUUGUUUUAUAUUUCAGCAGUGUGCCAAAAGUACCUCCAAACGAAAAAGUAAUUUAAAGUGAAAUGCUGAGCCAGUCAGGGACAAAUGUGUAAAUGAGAGAAGGAAAGCUUUAAUUAUUUAUAAUCAACUUUUGUGAGAGUACUAUACUUAUAUAGUAAGAAAUACAGUUCCUUAAUACUCUAGUAAUCUCAGAUCUAGGAUUUGCUUUAAUGCAUACUAUGUAAAUACGAUUGCAUAAUAUCUUUUCUUAUUUUGCCAUGCAGAUGUAAUGAUAACAGUGUGACAACUGUCUUGUUUUAACAUCACGCAGUAGUCUUGAAUAUUGUUGUUUUAACACCAGUAAUGCAUAAAUGCCAUUGGAUUAGUUCACGUAUGUUGGUUCGCAUAUUAUCCUAGGAGAAAAUGAUUGAAUACAGAUAUGACACAUUCACCCAGGUUAAAUGCGCCAAGACCCUCCAUACGUCAUAACCUCUGCAGGGAACACUAUACACGCAUAUGUACGCUCAUUGCCGGUCUUUCCACUGUAACAUUAACCUAAAGGUUAAUAUCCAAUUUUGAUGUAACAAAACGCAUUCGAAUCCAGCUAGUGCUACGUUAGCAUAAUUAUAACGGUGUCUGAACUGCGCAUGGCUCGCGCAGGAACAGAGCAAAUACAAACACGAUCAUGAAGUGGAGUCACGCUGUGGUGUCUGCUGUUGAGCUCACCGGCGGUUUUCCCGUCACAUACCUCACGUCGCGCACGUUCCUCGCGUCUGUCAGGUCCCCGGCGUGGGUCCCUGGAGCGUAAGUUACGUGCGUGACGUCAUUCUCCGAACGCUGCUCUCCUACUCUGCGCGUCAGCAAAGGUGCGCGCGAUGCGUGCGAUCCUGGCCACUGAGGAGCUUUGAGACUGACGAGGGGAUCAGGGAACGUGCCACAAGUUAAUAAGCCAUAUAUUGAAGCUGUGGUCUCAAAAUUGUUGCCAUGGAGGGCCAUGUGUAUGCAGGUGUUCAUUCUAACUAAUUAAUGCUGCCUUAAUGAAUUCCAAUUACUCAUUCAGCCAGAGGCAUUUACAGUGCAGUCCUUACGUGUUUAGACACUGAUACAAUUUCCAUUCUUUUAGCUCUGUGCUAAAAAUAAAACAAUGAAUAUGAGGUUAAAGUGGAGACUGUCACCUUUUUGUUUGAGGGUGUUUACAUCCAUAUCGGGUGAUCCGUGGAUUGCAUCCCUUUUUAUAUAGUUCCCUCAAUUUUAGGGGACCGAAAGUAAUUGGACAGUUUGAUUCUCAGCCGUUUCUGGUUAAUGAAGUGCAUUAAAUUGCUUCCUUUGUGCAUGUAUAAUUAAGCUUUCAGUAUCUGGUCUUGAUUCUAGGAGUUUGAUUGCCUGUUAUUGGCAUUUGUCAAUGUGGUGAUCAGAGUUGUGCCAAUGACAGUUAAGGAAGUAAUUAUGAGGCUGAGAAAUAAGAUUUAAAAAAAAUAGCCAAAAUCUGUUUGGAACAUCCAAAUUCUUACGGACUGCACUGCAUUAAAGCAUGGAAUAUAAGCAACAGUUGUUAUUUAGACUACACAAAUAUCACAUUUCACUUUAUAUACAUUAUGAGCAAUCCUGCAGCCCAAAUUCAGCAAAUAAUUAGACUAAUUAUAUAUGAUCAAGAACUGAGGGUAGAAUAAAAACCACAGUCCUCCAUGGCACUGAGUUUGAUACCACUGUAUUACAGUGUAGUAAUAACUUCAUUAAUAAGCCAUUCAAUUUGCCUCAUGUCCUUGAGUGCCGCUAUUUCGUAUGGCCUUUAAAGCUCAUUUUUUAAAAGUUGGCAAGAUUUAAUUGCAGGAUAACUAUUUACCCCCUACAUGUAUUUAUUUGUCUUUAAAUAGUAAAAUGCCAUGAUAUUUCACUCUAUUGCUGCCAAUAAACCACAGGGUCAACCGUUGCUUCAGGAGAGACCAAAAUGACAAAGUUCUGAGUCAUCACCCGGUUUACAUGGUAUAUAUUUCUAAUUAUGACUGCCAUUUGAUAAAUCUCAGGUUAUCAAUAAGGUCAAAGCUGUUAAGCGCAUAUAAUUGUGUAGAUGCCAGGAUUUUCAAAAUAUCAGAAAUCAGGUUUGCUGGUGUCAAAAGCUGAGUACUGUAAAACCUUCUGCCAAAAAAAGAAUCUUUCUUCUCCUUAAAGAAAUUUAACAUUCCAUGGACCCGUUACUGCAGGGGAGAAAAUGUGAGAAAUUAUUUAUGUAUCAUAAUCUGUGUGAGGGACAACUUUGAUAACCGUGACACAUCUAUCCAAUGCUGUUUAUCAGGAAAGUAAAAUGUAAUGUAAAUAUUGUAUGUGUGUAUAUUCAUUUGAUCUUUUAUGUCGUUCUGUGAUCAAUAAAUUAUAAACCUGUCUUCAA